AUAUCAACCAAGUAGACUGCCACCAGCAUCAAAUUUCCGUGUGUGUGUGAGAGAGAGAGAGACACGAAGAGUGCGCUGGACUCAUUUUCCAGAGUGAGCGAGCGACAGAGAGAGAGAGAGGUUCAGAAAGCUUUGGAGCGUUUAAAGAAGAAACGACUUGCUGCUGUGCCACAUUUCCACUCUGUACACCCUUUAAAAACACCGUAAAUACAUUUUCCCGAAAAAGUUGGAAAAGCGGCCAUGGACGGGAUAACAUACGGACGCACGCUGCUCUUGUGCACCUUGCUCCUCUGGGUAUUUCAAGUCGUAAGCAGUGGAAACGUGAAUGUGGUUGUGAAACCUAAAGUGGAGGUGUUAAAGGGACAGCCUGCCACACUGCCCUGCACAGUCACCCCAUUAACAACUGGCACAGUUGUUGAAUGGUACAUUGACUUGGGAACUAGAACACGUAUAGCUUUCCGCCAGGGUACGGAGAAAAAGGUUGACCCUGGCACCCCUCUGACAGAUCGGAUCAAUAUUGGAGAAGACUUCACUUUGACCAUUUCCUCUGUUAAACCCUCUGAUGAGCUAAACUUCACCUGUCAAGUCAGUGACCCUGCUGGGUCUCCAGAUGGUACCACUUCUCUGAAGGUCUUUUCUGAGCCCGAACACCCAAAACUUUCAACAUCUCAGGCCAUUUCUGUAGGAACUCCUUCUAGCUCAGAGGUCGGCACCUGUGAAACGAAGAAUGGGCAUCCUCUUCCAAGAAUUGUCUGGUUCAGAGAUGCCAAACCCCUUCCUGAGGUCAAAGACAAACGAGAGAAAACAUACAUGGUUACCAAACAAGUGACGGAGACUUCGGGUCUCAUCACUGUAAUGAGCAGUCUGUACAUGCAGCCCACCAAAGAGGACAAGGAUUCUGAGUUUUACUGUACUGUGGAGUACAGCAUGCCGGGGAACAAGAUCGAAACGAAAGAUUCUAACCGCAUCAAGAUCAACCUAAACUAUCCUUCUGGCACAAUCAAGUUUUCCCUGUUUAACGCUACUGUACCAGUCAAAGAGGGUGAUACUGUAACCAUGAAAUGUGAGACUGAUGGGAACCCCCAGCCUCUAUUUGAGUUCACUAAAAAUGGAGCAGAUGUCCAAGGUAAAGAUGGUCUUCUCAUACUGAAAUCUGUCAAGCGUUCUGAUGCUGCACAGUACAAGUGCACAGCAUUAGAUUUCGAGAUUGACUUUGUCUUGGAAAAGACGAUUAACCUCACUGUCGACUACAUUGACCCAGUAAAUGUGACACCAGCUGAAUCUAAAGUUGUCAUGCUUGGAGACAAAGCAACAUGGCAGUGUAAGACCAAGGCUUCUCGUGUUCAUACAGUUCAGUGGAAAAAGGGCUCUGAGGUGCUGUCUCAGAACGGGACUCUGUCAAUACAAAACGUUUCCUAUCAAAAUGCUGGAGAAUAUGUUUGUGUUGGAGCUGUUCCGUCUGUGCCAGGACUGAUGUCCCAGGCUAGCGUCAACCUCACAGUCAAAGGAAAGCCAGUGAUUGACCCUCCUGCUCCUGUAAGGGUGGGGAAGGAAGGAGACAAGGUGACCCUGAUGUGCGUAGCCUACAGUUUGACUUCCCCUGACUUCACCUGGAAGCCCUCAGGAGGAGAACAGUCGAUAAUGGUGGAAGGUAACAAGUGGGUGAGCACUUUGACCCUGAAAACCACAGCUGAUAUCAUAAACAAUGGGGUGACCUGCAAGGUCAACAAUGAGCAUGGAACAGAUAGCAUGGCCUUCCCACUUUCUCUCGAACAAGUUGGCAGCUCAGCUGAAGUGCUGCUUUCUGGAAACCCUGUGCUAACAUCAGCUGGACAGGGAGGCUCCAGUGCGGUGGUGAUAGCUGUGGUGGUGUGUGUUCUGCUCCUCCUGUUGCUGGUUGGCCUCCUCUACUGCCUAAGCAAGAACAACAAGCUGUCUUGCAGCAAGAAGGACACGAAGGAAGUGAACUCUGGAAUGACGAACAGUAGCGUCGUGGUGGAGCUGAAGACAGACAAGCUCAAUGAAGAGGAUGGUCUCCUAAACAAGAAAAAUGCAACAGAACAGUGAUAAAACCAGAUGAUGAAAAAGGCUCCCAGAAGGAUGAAGCGAAGAGGACAACAGGAUAUGAAGACAACAGGGCUAAUUUCAUUAUUUUUUUUACUAGACUGGUGAUAUUAAAGUGGUGGGGGCAAUGAGAGGUGGAGCAGGGAGAUGGGUUUAUGUUGAGGGUGUGGCUACACAGCAUGUUCGGCAUUGGCUAUUCUUGUUUUAUAACCUGCAAUAGCCAAGAUGGGUGGAGUUUUUUUUAUUUUUACUUUGCCUUUUUUAAAAGAUAGACUUCUUAGACCUCUAUCCAACUUGUCCUACCGCAGGUUUAAAACAAUACAUGUGCGAAAUCAUAAUGUGGCAACACUGGAUAAGCAUGUCUUCUUUCAGGUCGUGUCCAAUCAUGUCGUUCACUCCUCUGCAGAGAAGAGCUGUACUAAGAAGUAUGAUUGGCACACGCUUAAACACAGUGACAGAAUCUUCUUAUUGGCCCCAAAGGAAACCUCAAAUUCAUUUUCUUCUAGUGUUAGUCUCCAUUUAAGCAUAACACUGAACAGCUUUUCUGUUUUGGAGUCUGCAGUUAAAAUAUCUUUCCUUUCUGCUGGUAACAUUAGGCAAAAACACACCCGGCUGUUACUCUGUUUGAUUCACCUCCCUAACAAGCUAUGAUUUACACUCACAUUUAAUCCCCGAGCACGCUGUUUGGCACGCGUAACUGUCGAGUUUUUGUUCAAAGAAUCUCUGUGUUUGCUUUAGUGUUGUUUAAUUGCAUUUUUGCCACCUGUGACUGUUUAUAGAUAUAUAUAUAUAUUUCUUUCGGUAUCUCUAAUUAGCUUUCAGUAGAAACAAUCCAGGCUUUUAAUAACACCAAUUCUGUCUCUAAAAUUGCUUGCCUUUUUUAAUCCAGCUGAAAAGCAACCAAACAAGCAAGCUAUUAGGUUGUACAAAUUUGUUCCUGCCAUUUGCAGCGCACUUGUAUAUUAUGUCAGUAUACCAACUGUUCACUUGUUUUCCUAUGUGCUUAUGUUUUCCUCUGUAAAUUCAAAUAAUGCUCACCCUGCCUAUCAAGCAGGAGGAAUACUGUGCAUGAUGUGGAGUCCAAGGUGUCUGUGGUUACUGACCUGCAAGCAGUAAUGGCUACUAUUUAUUUCUCAGUGUUUCACAGAGUUUUGGUCCCUACUUCAGGAUGAAAGCUGGGGCCAGUGAAGUGAAAACUGAGGAACCAUCCGCAUGAGCACAGCACACAGUGGUUUUGCUCAGAAAGCCCAGUUUUCACCAGCUUUCGCUGUGAAAUUGGUGUAAUUUGGUGAAAUGGCUGACAAUCUCAAACAGUAGCCCGCUGUGCUGUUGUUUUCCCAUGACAACAAAUUGGGACUUUGAGCAGCUGCGGUGCACUAGUCGCAGAUUCACCUGUUGGGAGUAAUCACUUGCACAGGCUCACUCUAGUUUGAAACAAGCAGGGGAGGCAAGGUGUGGGAGAGACUGGGGUUGUUCUUGGGGUAUCUACCUUUUAUUUUUUACCAAAUGAAAGCUUUUGAGUGUCACAGCAGGUGUGUCUGUGUUUAGGUACGAUGUUUUUGUUUAUCCCCUACACUGUCGGCAGGCAAAAAAAGGAAAACAAAAGCUUUGAUAAAGGGGCACAUCCCCUUUUACUUUGUUUUACACUGGAACUAGUGGCCUUGAUUUAUAUUUUUUUUUUAAAAAAGGUCACCUCAAACCACUCUCUGUGCCCGCAAAGCUCAUUAUGUUUUUACUGUCUGUCUGCUGAUCUUACCAUAAACAUGUUGAGUGUUAGCAACCCUGUGGGGGCAGGUGAAGAUAGAUAGUUGAUUUCUUUUUUUCCCCACUUGUUUUAUAUGAAAAUAAUAUGGUACAGUAUAAAAGUUGUUUAGAAAGGGGAUUGUUAAUUUUUGAACUACUGACGUUUUUUUCCAAUGCUUUUCCACUUGCUGAGAGAAGAGAUUUUUUUUUUUUUUUUUGAGAUUCCAUUGAAAUGCUUUACUCUUCUCUCUUUACUGUAUACUGUAUAUUUUGUGGUACAUUGUUGUGAUGUGUUGAUGUGUCUUUUUGUUUUGCUCCAGCCAUGUAGAAUUUAUAAUGAAAAAAAAAAAAGAAAAAAAGAAAAAUUACCCCAUUCACCCAA